UCUGACUUUUGGCACUUUACUUAGUUUAUAGCUUAGAUCAAGCCUAAUUUUUUUUCAUUAUGUAUAUAUAUGGAAGUAUUUGCACCAUUACACAAGCUCUUUUGGCACCACUACUUCGUCUUUCUUUUUCUUCAGCAAUUGACAUCUUUGAGGUAAUUUUUGUAAAGAAUGGUGAAGAUUUGUUGCAUUGGAGCUGGAUAUGUUGGUGGACCAACUAUGGCUGUCAUAGCCUUCAAGUGUCCUGCAAUUGAAGUGGCUGUUGUUGAUAUAUCUGUUGCUCGUAUCGCUGCCUGGAACAGUGAUCAGCUGCCAAUUUAUGAGCCAGGACUUGAAGAUAUAGUGACACAAUGCCGAGGAAAGAAUCUUUUCUUCAGCACUGAAGUUGAGAAAAAUGUCUCUGAAGCAGACAUCAUCUUUGUUUCUGUUAACACCCCAACGAAAACUCGAGGACUUGGAGCUGGGAAAGCAGCAGAUCUUACAUAUUGGGAGAGUGCUGCAAGGAUGAUAGCUGAUGUAUCGAAGAAUGAUAAGAUUGUCGUUGAGAAGUCUACUGUUCCAGUGAAAACAGCUGAAGCAAUUGAGAAAAUACUCACGCAUAACAGCAAUGGAAUCAAGUAUCAAAUUCUUUCGAAUCCUGAAUUUCUUGCUGAGGGGACUGCUAUUCAGGACCUUUUUAAUCCAGAUCGUGUUCUAAUUGGAGGACGUGAAACCCCUGGGGGACAAAAGGCAAUCCAGGCCCUGAAGGAAGUUUAUGCUCAUUGGGUGCCUGAAGACAGAAUAAUCUGCACCAAUCUUUGGUCAGCUGAGCUCUCGAAGCUCGCUGCCAAUGCCUUCCUGGCUCAGAGGAUUUCAUCAGUUAAUGCAAUGUCAGCUCUUUGUGAAGCAACUGGAGCUGAUGUUACACAAGUGUCCCAUGCCGUUGGUAAGGACACGAGAGUCGGAUCAAAAUUCCUCAAUGCCAGUGUUGGUUUUGGUGGUUCUUGUUUCCAGAAGGAUAUUCUCAGCUUGGUUUACAUCUGUGAAUGCAAUGGUCUCAAAGAAGUUGCUAACUACUGGAAACAAGUGAUUCAGGUGAAUGACUACCAAAAGAAUCGGUUUGUUAACCGAGUUGUCUCCUCUAUGUUCAACACAGUUUCAGGCAAGAAGAUUGCUAUCCUUGGAUUUGCUUUCAAGAAAGAUACAGGUGACACUAGAGAGACACCAGCAAUUGAUGUGUGCAAAGGCCUAUUGGGAGACAAUGCUAACUUGAGCAUAUAUGAUCCACAGGUCACUGAGGAUCAAAUCCGAAAGGAUCUGUCAAUGAAAAAGUUUGAUUGGGAUAAUCCAAUUCACCUCCAGCCAAUGAGCCCCACUGUGAUGAAGCAACUCAAUGUAGUAUGGGAUGCUUAUGCAGCCACAAAAGGCGCCCACGGCCUCUGUCUUUUGACCGAGUGGGAUGAGUUCAAGACUCUUGAUUUCAAGAAGAUUUAUGAUAACAUGCAAAAGCCUGCAUUUGUGUUUGAUGGAAGGAACAUUGUUGAUGAACAGAAGCUCAGAGAAAUUGGGUUCAUCGUCUACUCCAUUGGGAAACCUUUAGAUGGAUGGCUCAAGGAUAUGCCUGCUGUGGCAUAAGCCCCCUGGAAUAAGCACUGAACAUGAGAGCAAAAUCUAUUUAUAUUUUUCCAAUUCUUGUCUUUUCCAUUCAAGCUUAGAACUGUUGUGUCCUAGUAGCAUUGUUAAAAAUGCUUACCUUUAUAUCAUUUUUUUUUUUGUGUGAACUUCAGCAGCCUAUUUAAUGGCAUUAUGAUCAGUACUUUAUGUUAUAAAUCUUGCAUGUUUGGAUCAGGUUGACCAUUUUCUUAUU